AUGAAUACGAGGACCUGUGAAAUCGAUGCCGAAAAGGGCUGCUUCUGGCGCCAGAAACGGCCGCCUUUCAAACAUAUUGCGCCAACCAGACCAUCGGCAGCUCGAUCCCAACCCAAAAUGGAGGCACGAUAUAUGUACCACAAGUACAAUUUGACCUGUUUCAUGGAUCAAGAUACAAAGAAAUACUGUCUUGGUACUAUCAUGGAUUUCACUACCGUGGAAAGCGCGAAGGACAUGCCAACUGAUGAGUUGUGCUCGUACUGCUACACCAAACGUGCUCUGAAUGAGACAGGCCACUACACGGAGUCCGACAAAGGGACCCUCGAGCUGAUUCAAUCAACAUGCGGCCUGACUGGACCCACCGAGCUGCACGAUCCGCCUUAUACUGUGACGCCAGCCCCGGACCCCGUUUGUGUCUCAAACACCACCUAUACAACCCAAACCGGAGAUACCUGCGACAAGCUAGCAAAGCAGUAUUUCGUCGCUUCAGCCGCAAUCCCCUAUGCCAACCCAACUAUAAUUGGAAACUGUUCUGAUCUGCCAGCCAGUCGCGAUAUCUGCAUGCCCCUAGGCUGUGACACGCAAUAUACGCUCCAAGAUGACGACAACUGCUGGCAACUCGAGCAUGACUAUGAGUUCGCUCCAGACUCCAUUCGCCAAUCCAACCCCUGGCUGGAUUCGGAUUGUCUGAACAUGCAAGGCGCCCGCGAAAUUCUCGGCAGCGUCCUUUGCCUUUCUCCUCAUCGCGAUACCUAUAAUACAACUGGUGACGGCAUCACAACAACUACUGGAAAUGGAGGUUAUGCACAAGGCGUGGUUGCACCACCUGCGAACUCUAUUGUUGCACCUGGAACUACGACGAAAUGCGGUCGGUGGUACUCCGCGACGGCUGAUGAUUUAUGCGUCCAGAUCUGCUUGAAGUCUGAAAUUUCGGCGAAAAUUUUCAAGGCGGCGAACCCUUCUCUGGCGACUGACUGUGACAAUAACUUGGUUGCUGGUGAUGCUUAUUGCGUUGGGCCGGUUCCUCACUGGAAUGAAACUGCGUACUGGACUGAGACCGCUACUACCAGUAGGGCUGUCUCCACUCCAUUGGCACCGGCCGAAGCCACUGCCAGCGUUUGA